CCCCACAGGUCCCCAGUGCAACGCCUCGGUAGACCUGAUCGGCACGUGCUGGCCCCGCAGCGCGGGGGGACAGUUGGUAGCUCGACCCUGCCCUGAAUACUUCUACGGCGUGCGGUACAACACCACCAACAAUGGCUACAGGGAAUGCCUCGCUAACGGGAGCUGGGCAGCACGGGUCAACUAUUCCCAGUGCCAGGAGAUCCUCAGUGAAGAGAAGAAGAGCAAGCUGCACUACCACAUCGCUGUCAUCAUCAACUACCUGGGGCACUGUGUCUCGCUGGGGGCCCUACUCAUGGCCUUCAUCCUCUUCAUGCGCCUACGGAGCAUCCGGUGCCUGAGGAACAUCAUCCACUGGAACCUGAUCACAGCCUUCAUCCUGCGCAACGCCACGUGGUUCGUGGUGCAGCUCACGAUGAACCCAGAGGUGCACGAGAGCAAUGUGGUCUGGUGCCGCUUGGUCACUGCCGCCUACAAUUACUUCCAUGUCACCAACUUCUUCUGGAUGUUUGGAGAGGGAUGUUACCUGCACACGGCCAUCGUGCUCACCUACUCCACGGACAAGCUCCGCAAAUGGAUGUUCAUCUGCAUCGGCUGGUGUAUCCCCUUCCCCAUCAUCGUCGCUUGGGCCGUUGGGAAGCUGUACUACGACAAUGAGAAGUGCUGGUUUGGGAAGAGAGCAGGUGUUUAUACUGACUAUAUUUACCAAGGCCCUAUGAUUCUGGUGCUUCUGAUCAACUUCAUCUUUCUGUUCAACAUCGUCCGAAUCCUCAUGACGAAGCUCCGAGCUUCAACUACGUCGGAGACGAUCCAGUACAGGAAAGCAGUCAAGGCCACACUGGUGCUGCUGCCCUUGCUGGGAAUCACCUACAUGCUGUUCUUCGUCAACCCGGGGGAGGACGAGAUCUCCAGGAUCGUCUUCAUCUACUUCAACUCCUUUCUGGAGUCCUUCCAGGGCUUCUUCGUCUCUGUCUUCUACUGCUUCUUGAACAGCGAGGUCCGAUCAGCUGUACGGAAGCGGUGGCACCGGUGGCAGGACAAGCACUCCCUGCGUGCGCACGUGGCUCGGGCCAUGUCCAUCCCCACCUCCCCAACCCGCGUCAGCUUCCACAGCAUCAAGCAGUCCACGGCUGUCUGAGCCAGGAGCGAGG